AUGUUGCCGUUCAGCAAGUCGACCUCCAGAUUUGAGCUAUCGACAAGUCCGGCACGGUCUGAUCGAUUGCCGAACGGGAUUCAGGAAACGCCAGUGAGACGGCCCUGCUCAAGCGAGGGACGCUUCAGUAUAAUCCAAUCGAAAGCCCAGUCGAACUCUAGCAGUGAUGAGGAUGAGGUGGCGGCCAGUUAUUCGAAAACAGUCGGACACCCCGCCUCCAGCAGCAAAAUGCCACAAAUGACCAUCGCCUCUUGCGUCCCGUUGGCUCCAUCACUCAAAAAACCGACUCAUCUACAUCCUGCUGUGAUUUUUGGCGGAGAGAAGCCCCGAAAAUCCGUCGAAUUCUCGUUGCCGUCGUCGCCAGUGUCGCCCGGAAUGGUUACUGGAAGUCGAUUUAAGAUUGUUCCCGUCGAGACGAAAUACAAACGGGGCCGCUGGACAUGCCACGAUUUCUACGAUCCUGAACUAAAAAUGAGCUCCAGAAGCUGUCCACCACCACCCGUGAAGUGUCCGGAUAUUGUCGUCGACACCCGAGCCCAACCGAAAACAGCACCGCCUGCGCAAGCUACCCGAAAAUUCAGCUUCGAGCAGCACGAACAAGAAAAUAAUGGCGGCUUCAGCAAGAGUCAAACCCAAUACACGCGCCCGGUCGCCCCCAGGAAACAGCCCAUUGCUGGCCCGCUGAAUAAUGCCCAGAGAGCCAUUUUGCUCCGCAGCACUUCGUAUGACAAAGACGGAAAGUACACCCCAUCGGAAGUGCUGCAAAGCGGUCUCGAAAACACGCUCGACCUCACCAAUGGCAAGAAAAUGAGCACGUCGUCCGCGAAUGCUACUGCUUCGACACCGCCCAUGGUUGCGAUCGACUCGAAGAUUGAGCAGGCGAUGGACCUCGUCAAAACCCACCUGAUGUUCGCCGUCCGCGAGGAGGUCGAGGUGUUACGGGCCCGAAUCGUCGACCUCGAAGCACACUUGCACUACAUCGAAUCCGAGAACAACGUCCUCCGAAAAUACGUGCCCGACGACAUCCUGAAGCGGGUCGAGAAUCGA